AUGGAAAUCCCUGGAGUACAGCGGAAUCCAGGGAAUCCAAUUGAAAUCUCAGGAAUUCGGACUAUUUUGGGAGCAGAUCCUACAACAACUCAUCAAGAACUUUCAACAGCUAUAGGAUCCAAUGCUCCAUCAUACUCAACAGUUGCAAGGUGGGCAAAGCGUUUCCGUGAAGGGAGAGAAGAUGUUGAUGAUGAACCUCGGCCAGGUCGUCCAAUAUCCGAGCUUACAGAGAGAAAUAUUGAAUUGGUACGACAGAUUAUCAACAAUGAUCCACAUUCAACUUAUGAUGAUAUCAUAGCGGAGACAUCUCUCUCUCAUGGCACAGUAGAACGAAUUAUCCACGACCAUCUCAAAAUGAAAAAAGUUACAUCACGUUGGGUACCCCAUGAAUUGACUGAUGAACAAAAGCAAGAACGAGUUAGAAUUUGUCGUGAAAAUUUAGCAAGAUUUGAAAGUGGUUCCUGA